AUGCACCACGCACAUUCGCUCUACUGCUGCGACCUGGACCACGGAUCGUCCUCGUCGCAGCCCUUCUCCUUUGAGGACCUGUACUCUGGCGUCCUCCCGACGCCCGACUCGGCGUCGGCAGGCGACAGAGUCGUAGCAUGUGCCGAUGGUUGCGCAGACAUGGGACGCCGCGACUCGUGCAGCUCGGAUUGCGUCAAGAUAUGUGACGAGGACUGCGCAGAAGAAGAGUGUCCCCAGGAGUGUCCUCCGGAUUGCACGCAGGAGUGCACGCAGGUGUGCGUGCCAGAAUGGUGCCCCCCUGACUGCACCGUCGAGGAGAUUAUAAAACGCUGCACCGAUACCACGUGCACGCUACCUCAGGUCGAGAUCGACCCGAUAGCGCUACUGCUCCGCCAGCCCCAGGACCCCAGCUACAUGGACUAUGUUGCGCAGGUGUUCGCGCAGGCACAGCCUCAAGCCCCUCUGCAGUACCCUUGUAAAUGGCAGAACUGCAAUGCUUCGUUUGACACUUGUGCGAAGCUUGCACAGCACAUCGCCGCAAGUCACCUCCCAAGCGACCAACUCGCGCAUAGUUCGGCGCCCAUGCCGGCUCACCAGCCUAUAUCCACACCUAUGGCCCAGUCUGCACUAGAGCCUUCGCUCGGAACCAAUGCGUUCAUGGCGAUGAUAAACGCUUUGCCAGGGUCCUUAUCGCAGUCGGCUUCGCCAGCGUCUGUCCCUGCAACCAUGCAGGCAGACAACCUCUUUGGAUGUCUAUGGGCAGACUGCUUCGACUUUGCCACUGGCGAGGCUGUAGCUUCCAGUGUCGCCGGCACAGCCGUCACCACACCUCAGAGCACAGUCCAGACUCCCUCGACAGCUUUUACGAACCAUCCUGCGCAUGGCAUGCCUUCUCACACACAUGGCGAGAUGUCUCCGCAGACACUCCUCAAACAUCUGAUGACCGACCAUCUGGGCCUUCCUGACCCGCGUACCGCCGACAACGGCCAUACCCACCUUGUGCUUACGCACCUGCACAGUACAUCACAUCCCCAUGCCCACCCGCACCCUCACCACGAGUGUGCUCCAGGUGUUCCGCACGACGCGCACGCCCACGUUCUGGCACACAACCACCACGUGCUUGGCCCGCACCAUCACCACUCAGUGCCUCACCGGCAGUUACCAACGCCGUCGCCGUCGCUGUCGCCUUCCAACACCGCGCACGUGUGUCUGUGGCACGACUGCUCUCUACGAGAGCCCUUUGCGUCCUCAGCCGAGCUUAUGGCUCACCUCGAGGAGAUGCAUGUCGGGCGUGGAGCCAACGAGUACUGCUGCCGAUGGGCCGGGUGCGGCGACGGUGAGGGACGCGUCUUCGCAACGCGUCAGAAGCUCAUCCGUCAUCUUCGCAUGCACACGCAGGACCGUCCCUUUGUGUGCGACGAGUGUGGACAGGCUUUCGCGGAGAAGGCACCUCUGGAGACGCACAAGCGGCGCCACCGCGACGAAAAGCCCUUCCAGUGUCCCUACCCCGGAUGCGGACAAGCGUUCACCCAAAAGUCGGGACUAAACGUUCACGAGCGGAAACACACGGGUGUGGAGCCGUUCCGCUGCGACAUCUGUGGGCGCGGGUUCAAGGAGGCGAGCAACCUCACAAAACACCGGCGUACGCACACGGGCGAAAAGCCUUUCGCUUGCUCGCAUCCAGGAUGUGGGAAGCGGUUUGCCCGCACCGAUCAGCUGCAGCGCCAUAUGAAGAUCCACGGCAAGGGUGGUGUGAAGAAGGUCGCGCGCAGCUGGCAGGCGCUGACGGUCAAGGCGGAGGCGGGUGUGGGCUUCACAUAA